UCCCAUCAAAAGCUCUCGUCCCGCUUCAUCUUCUUCCUCUUAUCAGUCGUCCUUGACGCUCUUUCUCGUCUCCAGUUUCAAGACGGAGGAGAACACUCCGGUGCGGAAUGACGGCCAAGCCAGAGCCAACUACGUGGAAGAUUCUUCCGACGAAGGGUGGCGAGUUCCAGUGGGUGGUCACUAGCGGAAAUCCUGAUUCUGGGCCGGAGAGGCCGACUGCAACCCUAGUUCCGGAAGAAGAUAUCAAUUCCAAAUCCCGCCUUCCUUCCAUGAUGGAUUUACUGAUUCAAGCCGGGCAGAGUAAUUAUUUAUCGAAUAAUACUUGGUUUCAUGACCGACACCUUGCCGGUCCUCUGAAGCCGGUGGAAAUUAGAGGAGAUAACGGAGGCGGCGGUGCGAUGUUCAGCACUGGAUCUGGCAGGAGGCUUUCUGUGCAGCGGAGUUCUAUUCUGAAGGCUAGAUCUAUUCUCGAGCAAGAAGAUGUCGUUGAUAAAGCGAGUUGUGGCAGUGAGUGUUUUCCCAUGUUUCGCACAGGACUGGGAAAUUCCGUUCAAGUGAGACAAUCUUCGAUUAAGAAAGCAGAAGCUCUUCUAGAAGUCAGCGAUGACAAUGAAGGUGAUCUAAAUAUGAAUAUUCUAACAAACUGAAUCACUUUUGAUUUGCUUAGCAACUCGGUUAUAUGUAUAUUUAUUUAU